ACAUAUGCACAACCUGAAAAGCACCACGAAGAGGAGCAAAGCAGCCAUUGGAGCCUUGCCUUUAGGCAUUCACGUGACGAGCAUAUUAUAAGAUAAUUUAGACAGCCAAAUCAGAUAAGAAAAUUAAAUUAAAUCCCAGAAAAGGGGGCUCCUUUUUUGUUUCAUAAAAGAUUAAAUUAAAAUAAAGGACGUCGCCUUUCGAAACCUUUAAAUACCCCCUACCCUGCGAAGCGAAAUCUCUUCUUUUCCACGCUUCGGGGAAUUCAGGUUAUAGGGUCAAAGUUUUAUCGGUCUUCUUACCUCGAGAUGGAGGAAAAGACUGCCAGAUCGACGGUGGAGAUCGGGUUUGUGAUCGAGGCGGCGGCGGCGGCUGCGAUGAUGAAGGAAUUGGGCGUCGCCGCCGCGCCGGAGCUGCUGGCGACGCUGGUCCCCGCCGCCCAGAGGCUGGCCCGGCCGCCAAUCUCUAACUUCCCGGUUGGGGCCGUCGGACUGGGAACGAGCGGCAGGAUCUACGUCGGGGUGAACGUGGAGUUCCCCGGGCUGCCGCUCCACCACUCCAUCCACGCCGAACAGUUCCUGGUCACAAACGCCGCCAUCCACGGCGAAGCCGGGAUACGGUGCAUCGCCGUCUCUUCCGCUCCUUGCGGCCACUGCCGCCAGUUCCUCCAGGAGCUCCGCGGGGCGGCGGAGAUCCAGAUCCUCGUCACCUCCGACGGCCCCGGAUCCGCCUUCCGCCCCCUCUGUUCCUUCCUUCCCCGCCCCUUCGGCCCCCCCGAUCUCCUCCACAAGGACCAUCCCCUCCUCCUCGAGCCCCACGACAACAAGAUCUUCCUUUUGGACGAUGAGGAGGAGGCGGAGGCCGCCGCCGGCGGGACAUGUAACGGGAUCGGGGGACAGGUGGAGGCGCGGCUGAGGGCGGCGGCGGAGGGGGCGGCGAGGGCGGCGCACGCGCCCUACAGCAAGUGCCCGGCGGGAUUCGCGGUGGCGGAUGGGAAGGGGAGGGUGUACUCGGGGUCGUACGAGGAGUCGGCGGCGUAUAACCCAAGCCUGGGGCCGAUACAGGCGGCGGCGGUGGCAUACAUGGCGGCGGGCGGCGACGGAUCGGGGAAGGGAUACGAGUUCGUGGCGGCGGCGCUGGUGGAGGCGAAGGGGGUGGCGGUGUCGCACGAGGCGACGGCGAGGAUCUUCCUGGCGGCGGUGGCUCCGCGGGCCCACCUGAAGGUCUACCGGUUCCAAUCCUCCGCCGACGCCGCCUAGACUGCGGUUUCUCGACGCCGGGGGCCGUUUCCUCUGGAGAUGAUGACGACGACGAUAGAAAAUGGACGGCUGCGAUUGGAUUAACUGUAACCAUGCGGUGAUUGCCCCUCUUGUAUGGAUAUCCCACUGCUAUAUUUAUUUUAAUAAAUCCAGGCUUAAUAUCUCUCAUCUCU